CGCACAUUUUUGGCGGUAGCUCCCUUCGUCAACAUGGUGCUCUCCUCCGUCGCGCGUGUGUCCACGCGCUCGCUGCGAUGCUCGCACGCUCUGGCAACGCGGUCGCUGUCGACUUCGGCGCCGUUCGAUCCUCAGGUUCCGCACUAUGAUGUGGUGGUCGUGGGGGCCGGUCUUGUGGGCUCCGCUUUGGCCUGUCAGCUCAAGAGCAACCCUGUGUUCAAGGGCAAGAACGUUGCGGUCAUUGAGCCCUCUGCUCCUCCCGUUGCGCCAUCGGUAGAGAAAGAUUCGCCCGACCUCCGUGUAUUUACCAUCACUCCUGCUAGUCAGAAGCUCCUGGAGAGCACAGGAGCAUGGAAUUUUAUCGCGGACGGCCACACUGCCGUAUUCAAGGACAUGCAGGCUUGGGACGCUAUGGGUGACGGCCACAUCCGCUUCGACGCGAAGAAAAUGGACAAGGAAGUGCUUGGUCACGUGGUGGAGCACCGUGUGCUUGUGCGCGCACUACACGACCGAAUGAACCAACUAGCCGCCGACUCGGGCGACAGCGCCCCGCUUAAACUCUAUUGCCCUGCCAAGGUCAAGCACUUCCAGCGCCCCACGGCUGUGUCUAGUAUCUCAGAAAUUGGUCUUGAGGACGGUCAGCGCAUGAAGGCGGACCUUGUGGUGGCUGCUGACGGCGGAAACUCCAUCAUCCGCACGCUCUCGGCUCUCGGCACUUGGGGCUGGGACUACGACCAACAAGCUGUCGUGGCUACCGUCAAGACCGACCGUGUGAACGAGACGGCUUGGCAGCGAUUCUACCCUACGGGUCCUGUGGCUCUGUUGCCAAUGCGCGACGGAUACUCGUCGGUGGUGUGGUCGUGCACUGCCGACAUGGCCAAGGAGCUCACGGCGCUCAGUCCCGACAAGUUCGUGGCGCGUCUUAACGAUGCGUACUCCGCCCCACCAAUGAUCCCCGUGCCGCCUGAGUUCCCGGGCAUCCCGGUGCUCUCGGACCUGGUCAAGGGUGUGCACCACGCGGCCAACACCAUCAUGUCGGCUGCGGCUAUGACCGAGCCGUUCGUCGCCCCACCCAAGGCUGUAGCCACGGUUGGCCACCGCUUCGCCUUCCCGCUCAAGUUGAAACACGCCACCAAGUACAUCAAGCCUGGUGUUGCCCUAGUGGGCGACUCUGCCCACACGAUCCACCCGCUUGCUGGUCAGGGACUGAACCUUGGUCUAGGUGACGUGACUGCUCUAAGCAACCUCCUUGUCGAGGGUGUUAAGAGCGGGGAGAACCUCUCGAGCGAGUAUUUCCUGCAGCAGUACGAAGACGAGCGUAUGAAGGCCAACAUCACCAUGCAGCUGGCUAUGGAUGGCUUCAAGCGGAUGUUCGGCCCCGCCCCCGACGCGGUAUCUGUGGCACGUAAUGUGGGCAUGGGCACGCUCAACGCCGUGGAACCGCUCAAGAACCAGAUCAUGAAGUACGCGAUGGGGUUGUGA